GCCUAUGCCAUUUUUCUCAACUUCUAGAAAACGACCUUCUUCCCAUUUCUGAAUUCUUGUCAAUUCCAAAGCUGCUAUAAAGUUCAACAUUCUUCCAAUCAUCAUCAUCCAAAACACCUCAACUCAAAUCUAUCCUCAACCACACAGUUUGCGUAACCGAUCGAGAUAUGUCUCAAUCAUCUGCUCCUCAUCCCAACUUUUCCGGUGCCGUUUCCGACGAACUGUCGGUUUUUGAUCGGUUGCCGGACGAUGUUCUGUUGCUCAUCUUCAACAAACUGCGCGAUGCCAAAUCACUGUCUCUUUGCUCGAUCCUCUGCACACGUUUCCGCUCUCUGAUUCCGCAAACCAAUUCCCUUCUCUUAUCCGUUCCCACCUGCCCAGCGUUUGAUUUCCGAUCCACCGGCCAUAAUAUGAGCAAACGCAGUCAUCCGCUUGUUGCCUUCGCGAGUAAGCUUCUGAUUAGACCCUUCCGAUCUCUACUGCGCGUUCUCAGAUCGAAGAGCGCUUUCAGUUCCACCACAGGAUGCACUUGCCGGGACGCCGGUUACUACUCCUAUUCUCCUGCUCACUAUCUGAGGAAUUUUAGGGAUAUUCGGAUGCUGGAGCUCGCGCUUCCGAGCAAAACCGCCUGCAUCGGCGAGUUCUGCGGCUUGGACGCCGGCUCGGUGCUGAAAUGGACGGCGGAGUUCGAUAGUCAGUUGAAGAGCUGCGUCAUCGUAGGUGGAACGUCGAUUUCUCACAUCCGGAAGAAAUCCGCCCAAACCGAUACUGUAGAAGACGGAUCUAGGGAGGAAUUGCAGAUUUUCGACAAUGAGGAGCUCAAAUUGAGGAUUGUGUGGACGGUUUCGUGCCUAAUUUCUGCAUCCGCGCGGCACAGCUUUCUCCGGGAAACGAUGAACGAGCACCGGGCUGUUGCGAGUGUGACGGUAACGGAUGACAUCGGCCAGGGAAGAUUCACCAUGAAUUCCGAGCAAAUCGAAGACAUGAGAGUGAAUUUCUGUGCGAAGAAGACAAAUGAAGAGGCCGGAAAUUGGGUGUAUGAUCGGACGAGGGUGCCGGCAUUGAAGAUGAAGAUGUGGAUUACGCCGGAGCUGGUGCUGCCGGAGAAAGGCUGCGUGAUGGAAGGGGCGACUCUGGUGGUUGUACAGCCUGCUGAGGGGUGGAACACGGCGGAGGAAGAGGAGAGCACCGGAGUUGUGGAUUUGGUGAGGAAGAUGGACCAAGCUCUGGGACAUGAAGAAGAAAGGGUAUUUGUGGAAGCCGCAAAGAAAUUGAUGAAGUUGAAAAGGAGUUACACACUUGAGAUGAACUCAUUUUAGAUCUUUCUGGUAAAAUAAUUUGAUUGUUUUUUCCUUCUUGUUGUACCUACAUAAAAGAAGGAUUUACACCAUAAAAUUGCCAAUUAAUGUAAAUACCAUCAUCGAAACCUUUGCUAAUCUUAAUAGCCUGACCUAAUUGCCCUAAAUUACCUAUACCUUGAAAUUUUACUCUCCCAUUCGAAAUUGGUAAUUGCAUAUAUCACUCUAUUGGGUGUUUCAAGAUGAAAAUACCAGUUGUUUGACACGCUUUUUGUACAUAUAAAUACGGA